AACAUGGCGGCGUCCAUGCGGGUUUUCUGCAGAAAGGCACCACCAGUGUAUUCCCUCUUUUGCGGACCUCGGUUACUAACAGUUAUCAUGGUUAAAAAUCAUGUUCCUCUUAAUCACGAUUUAUGUAUUUUUCAACAAUGUAUCAGGACUUUAUCUACUAUGCAGUCAAUGCGAAUCCCUGCCCAAACAGUGAAAAGACCCAGUAAAGCUGAUGAGCUAGAUGUCUUUGUGACGUCCAUGUACAAGAUGAGAAAAAACUUAGAACUACGGCGAUUCAUUCCUAUCGUACCUUUCAUCAAAACGUCUGCAAUACUUAAAAAUAAAACACAAGCAGGUGAACAUAUCUCCAACAGUCAGUGGAGUGAUCUCCUCAGCAUGACUGGUGAAGUGUUAAAUGUCCGCAAGUUCAGACGCAAAAGGAUCGCCUCAAAUACCUGGAAUUUCAUGAAAUCUUGCAAAGGAAACGGGCUUGAUGUGUCUAACUUUACAACUUACUUGAUGGUCAGCAAGGAAAAUGAGAUGGAGAUUGAUAUCACAAGUUUAAAAGAAGAAAUGAGAAAGGCAGGUCUUAGUCCGGAUCAGGAAUUCUUUGAAGAACUUGUUGGAUAUCACAGUGCACAUGGCCAGUUAGAAUCUGUCAAGGAGGUAAUAAAGGAGAUGGAGUCUGCCUCUUAUCGGAUGACCGCAAAAACUUUGAGCAAUUAUAUUUGGGCUGAAUUCAAUGCAGGCUAUCAAGAUGAUUUGACUAACAUCCUUGAAUCAAUGAGCUGUUAUAAUGUUGCCCCUGACCUGAACUGUUAUAUGACCAUGCUGAAGUGUUACGCUGUUAAAGGAGAUAUGAGUAAGAUCGAAGAGUUAAUCCUUACUGCAGAAAAGGAGGUGGGGAUGAAGCAGCUUCAUCGUCUUCAGCUUCUCGUGCCCCUCAUUUUUAAUAAACAUGAGGCAAUAGCAGUGAAGUUGUUCGGCAGCCUCUGUGAUACACAUCAUGAUGUGGAAAAGUCUGACAUGACUGAGAUUGAAUACUGCGGGAACCAGCUGGUUGUUAACUUACAGCUUCAGAUGGGUUUUAAUGUGUAUAACCUGUUUACUCGAACUGCACCUUACUUCAUACGUAGCUAUGCUAGAGGUCCAGCAAAAAAGAAAAAUGUCCAUCUUCAGGGUUACGGGAUGCUGGAUAGGACAGCUGCCAGUCUCACAGUACAGAUGAUCAAGAAUGAUGUUGUUACUUGGGACAGAAUGUUGCUUGAAGCUAAAACCAUUAGUGAAGAAUAUACAGCCUUGAUUUUUCUGGAGGCAAAGAAAGAGGGGAUAUUGAAAAGCGGAUCAUAUGAACAAAUAUGUACGUUCAUUGAAACAGGACACAGCUCUAAAUAUUUCACUAGUCAAUCCAGAGAGUUUUUGAAGAAUAUCGCAUUUGCUUGCCUUAGUGGAGAGAGUCUAGAUUUGAACAGUAAAGAGAUAAAACUUUUUUUUGGAGAUUUGAAAGAGAGUAGACAGAGUAAACAGAAGCUUCAAAACACCUAUGAAAAGGUGCAAAGCAAUUUGAAUGAAAUCGAAAAAGAAAUACAAAGUGGAAAUGACGAUGAAGUUCUACGAAAAUUUGAUGAAAUGAAAAAAGGAUAUGAUGAAAGAGGGCAAUCAAACUUUGCUAAAAAAUUGGUGAUCAUGUACCGAGACAGAAAGAAAUUUGAACAGGCUAUGCAUUUCCUGGAUGUAAUGGUUCGAGCAAAUCCAUCAUUUCCUUUUCUGUCUAAUACUUUGGCUUACCUGCUCAUGGAGAUGCUGGAACAUGGUGAAUAUAGAGGUAUUGUAAAGUGCAUCAACAAUUACUUGGACAUUGCAAUAGAAAUGAAAGAAAAGAUGGCAGUAAUACCCCAUAGUCAACUGAUGUUGAUAUUGAAGGUUCUAGUAGCUUUCCUCCGGCCUGCUGAAGUAUUCAAAAUUUUAGGAAGGAUAAGGGCACAUCAUGCAUUCUUUAGAAUGGAAUCCAUAAAUUUUCUCAGUCUAUAUCUGAAAAGAGAUGUGUCACUAGCGGUAGAAGCGUUAGAGGAAUUGUUGAAACAUUCGCAAAUCAGGAGGUUAGACUAUCUACAAAUAAUGAUUGAACUUGUGCAGGAAGAUGAUCAGCCUCUGAUUGAUAAAGUGUAUUCUAUAGCUAACAGAAGGGAGGGGAAGCCUUCUGCCGAUGUAUUGCUGACCAGUGCUUACCUUAUAAAUGAUCGCGUGGAAGAAGCAAGACAGAUACCUUCGACAACCACUGUUAGUGAUAGGACCCUUGGACACGUGAAGGACGUUCAUAUUAUUGCUUGUAUCAUCCUGCUGAAAAGCAAGCCAGACAUGUUGAAUGAAUUAGUACAUUUACAAGACUCACUAGGCCUUCGCCAGAUUUUAGCGGAGGUGUUAAAAAGUGGUGUUGGGUCACAUUAUGAAGGAACAAGAAAGGUCAUAAUACAAUACAUGUCUGAAAAUCCAGGCUCUGCCUUAGAUGUGAUGUGCUCUUCUAUGAUGGAACCUGGACAAUUGGAACUGGAAAAGUUGAAAACCCAAAUGAUGAAAAAAGUAAGGUGAUCGUCUGUUGACAUUGUGCCAAACACUGCUGUCUUACAUUGGUGAAAUAUAUGGUGUAGGGAUGAUGUAAAUGUGUUAAAAAGACAGAUGAUAUUCUGUUGACUUUGUGCCAAACACACUUGCCGUUGAUUGGUGAAUUCAUGGUGUAAUGAAUAGCAAUGAAAAAAAUCAAUCAUGUUUUCUACCAUUUGUCCUAUCAACGUUUGUCUUCACCAAGAAGUGAUGCAGUACAUUUACUUACUAAAAAGCGGCAGUCUAAGGGUGUCUCCCAUGUAUUGUAUUCAAGGAGAUGUUUUAUACACUGGUUACACACAUGUGGUCUAGGACUGGCGACACACAUGUCCUCAAGAACAGGUUACACACAUGUGGUCAAGAACUGGUUACACACAUGUGGUAAAGGACUGGUAACACACAUGUGGUCAAGAACAAGUUACACACAUGUGGUCAAGAACAAGUUACACACAUGUAGUCAAAGAACAAGUUACACACAUGUAGUCAAAGACUGGUUACACACAUGUGGUCAAAGACUGGUUACACACAUGUAGUCAAGGACAGGUUACACACAUGUGGUUAAGGACAGGUUACACACAUGUGGUCAAGGACAGGUUACACACCUGUCGUCAAGAACAAGUUACACACAUGUAGUCAAAGAACAGGUUACACAUAUGUGGGCAAGAACUGGUUACACACAUGUGGUCAAGGAUGGGUUACACACAUGUGGUGAAGGACCGGUUACUCACAUGUAGUCAAGGACUGGCUACACACAUGUGGUCAAGGACUGGCUA